CACUGUUGAAGUAAUUGGAAGUAAUAUAUUUGUGGGAGAUUGAAGGGUUAGGUUCAUUUAUGAUGCUUUGCUGUUAAUUGACUUCGAAACCACGAAUUUCCGAAGAUAUAAGGGUGACAGUGCAAGUGACAUUUUAAUAAUUACAAAAGAUCGUAGGGAUAUAUUUGAUGUUGUAAAAAUGAGCCGCAGAAGAGUUCACGAAGAAGAAGAUGGAUACGAACGUGCAUACAAAAAGCGUAGAAGAGUAUCCGAGAAUCAAGAAAUUGAAGAUCGACUUGAAUCUCUUAUUUUACGAGUUGGAGAAAAAUCCACGUCCUCUUUAGAAAGUAAUUUGGAGGGCUUGGCUUCUGUAUUAGAAGCUGAUCUUGGAUUGUUUCGGAGCAAGAUACUUAGAAUUUUGACAGAAUGUGCAAUCAGAAUGCCAGAGAAAUGCACAAUCUAUACUACUUUGGUUGGAUUGUUAAAUGCAAAGAAUUUCAACUUUGGCGGCGAAUUUGUUGAUUAUAUGGUAAAGAACUUCAAGGAUGCAUUAAAAGCUUGUAAGUGGGACGUUGCCAGGUACUCGCUUAGAUUUCUGGCUGAUUUAGUGAAUUGUCAUGUUUUAUCUUGUGGGUCUUUGAUGCAAUUAUUUGAUAACAUGUUAGACACUGCUAAUGAAGAUGGUGUGCCUCAAGUAAGACGUGAUUGGUAUGUGUAUGCUGUGCUAUCAACAUUGCCAUGGGUUGGACGAGAGUUAUAUGAAAAGAAAGAGCAAGAGUUAGAUCACUUGAUGGUGACAAUAGAGAUAUUUUUAAAUAAACGAAGUAAGAAACAUCAACCAGCCUUAAGAGUUUGGUCUAGUGAUACACCUCAUCCUCAAGAAGAAUAUUUAGAUUGUUUAUGGGCUCAAGUACGGAAGCUUAGGCAAGAUAAUUGGGCAGAGAAACAUAUUCCUAGACCAUAUUUAGCAUUCGAUUCAAUAUUAUGCGAAGCAUUGCAACAUAAUUUACCCACUAUAAUGCCACCACCUCAUCAUGAAUCUUAUUCUUAUCCACUACCGACAGUAGUCUUUCGAAUGUUUGAUUAUACAGACUGCCCAGCUGAAGGUCCACUGCUACCUGGAAGCCAUGCCAUCGAACGAUUUCUAAUAGAGGAACACUUAAGACAAAUUAUUAAUAAUUGCUUUAACGAAAGAAAAGACUGUGCAGCACAAUUACUGAAUUUUCCAUACAAAGCAAAAAUACCAUUGGAUUAUUGCAUUGUGGAAGUAAUAUUUGGUGAAUUAUUUAGAUUACCGGCACCAAAGCAUUUGGAGAUCUGUUAUGGAUCGAUUUUAAUUGAACUUUGUAAGCUACAACCAUCGACUAUGCCACAGGUUUUGGCGCAAGCAACCGAGAUUUUAUUUCGUCGCAUAGAUAGCAUGGCUGCUACCGCCUUUGAUCGCUUUGUUUGGUGGUUCGCGUAUCAUUUAAGUAACUUUCAGUUCCGUUGGUCUUGGGAAGACUGGGAUUCUUGUUUGCAGCGUGAUCCAGAACAUCCACGUCCGAAGUUUAUUCGUGAAGUACUUCUUAAAGCUUUGCGAUUGUCGUAUUUUCAGAGAAUACGAGAUAUGAUGCCAGAAUCAUACGCUGAGUUGAUUCCAGCUCUCCCGGAGCCUAUUUAUAAGUAUACUUCGGAAGGAGCUAGUUCCCUGCCUGGUACAGCAGCAGCUCAUGAAUUAGUUGUUUCGAUAAGACGAAAGUGUACACUGGAGGAAGUACUAAACGUGUUGAACACAUUGCCUGGCCCCAGAGAAAAUGAAGAGACAAAUAAUUUCAAUCCUCUAAAGAUUGAUGUUUUUGUACAGACUCUACUGAACCUAGGCUCAAAAAGUUUUAGUCAUAGCUUUGCAGCUAUAGGAAAAUUCCAUUAUGUUUUUAAGGUGCUUGCUGAAACAGAAGAGGCGCAAAUAUGCAUUUUAAGAAACAUGUACGCAUUAUGGAAGAAUCAUUACCAGAUGAUAGUGGUUCUGACAGACAAGUUUUUGAAGACUGGUAUCAUUGAGUGCAGUGCUAUUGCUAAUUGGAUAUUUUCUAAAGAGAUGACGCCUGAAUUCACUAAGCUGUACAUUUGGGAAAUACUUCACUUAACAAUCCGAAAAAAGAACAAACAUGUAACGAAGUUAAGCACAGAAUUGACCGAGGCACGAGAAAAAUUGAGAAGAGCAGAAAGUAGAUCAGAAUCGUCGUCAGAGGAUGACGAUAAUAAUAAAGAUAGAAACAAAGAAAAACCAUCGGAGGAUGUUGUAGAAAGAAUGGAAGAGAAACUGGAGGCAGCACAGGCUGAUCAAAAAAAUCUAUUCCUCAUCAUUUUUCAACGCUUUAUAAUGAUUUUGUCCGAACAUCUAGUACGCUGUGAUACCGAUGGCAUAGACUACAAUACUCACUGGUACAAAUGGACCAUAGGAAGAUUGCAACAAGUGUUUCUCACUCAUCACGAACAAGUUCAGAAGUAUUCGUCGACCUUAGAAACUUUACUCUUUACACCAGAUUUGGAUCCUCAUAUUUUGGACGUAUUCCAUCAGUUUGUAUCUCUUCGCGCGUGAAGAUCGUUUUGUUCUCUAAAAUAUAUGUUGAAAACCUGAUCAUUAAGAGUCAU